AUGAGCGGCGGGCGUAGCGGGCGAUCCGCCGUGAAGAUGGAGGCGCCGUUUUACCCCGAGGAAGGACUGGAGCUGCUGCCCGACUUCGUGCCGCUGCCGGGUUUCGGUACCGCCGGCGGACCCGGAGCCGAUGCGGCCGCCGGGCAGAAGCUGCUGCUGGGCGCCGGCAAGAAGCGGGACCUGCCGGCUGCCGCCCCCGCGCCGCUCCCGGGGCCCUUCGCCCUUCGCCCGCCUGCCGGCGCCCGCGGCAGCGCGGCGGCUCUGCGCUUGCUGCCGCCGCCGCCCGCCGCCGCCGCCGCCCCGCCGCCGACCGCGGGCUCCGCGGAGACCGGGAGCGCCGGCGGGGCGGCGGCGGCCCGGGGCGGCCCGGAGGCCGCGCUGGGCUCGGCUGCGGAGCUGCCGCUGCUGAAGCUGCCGCCGGCCGCCGACCUGGAGCAGCUGCUGAUCCAGGGGGGUGCGGGGCUGGGCGCGGGCAGCCCAGGGCCGACGGCACCCGGGGCGGGGAGCGGCGGGGCGGCGGCGCCGGGGCCGUUCCUCUACCGGCAGCCGGUGACGCAGGAACAGGAGGGUUUCGCCGACGGCUUCGUCAAGGCCCUGGCCGACCUGCACAAGCAGAACCAGCUGCUGGCGGCGCCACCGCCGCUCUCCGCGCCGGGACCCUGCUGCACCGCCCGACCGGGGCCGCCGGGAGCCCCCGCCGCUGCCGCCGCCGACCCUCCGGCCGUCUACACCAACCUGAGCGGCUUCAACCCCGCGGGGCCGCUGAGCCCCUCGGGCAGCGCCUACCCCUCCGCCUCCGCCCCGCCGCCGCCGGGCCUGGCCUUCGGGGCGGCGGGUCUGGGGAGCGGCCGGCUGCCGCCGGCGCGGGCCCUGGAGGAGCCGCAGACGGUGCCCGAGGUGCCGCCGUCGGCGGGCGGGGAGGGCGGCAGCAGCGCGCCGACGCCGCCGUCGCUGUCGCCGCUGGACGCGGAGAGCCAGGAGCGGCUGAAAGCCGAGCGCAAGCGGCUGCGAAACCGCAUCGCCGCCUCCAAGUGCCGCCGGCGGAAGCUGGAGCGCAUCGCCCGGCUGGAGGAGAAGGUGAAGGCGCUCAAGGGGCAGAACGCCGAGCUGGCCGCCACCGCCAACCUCCUCCGCGCACAGGUCACUCAGCUGCAGGGUCGCGUCCGCAGCCACCUCUCCUCCGGCUGCCACAUCAACGCCGCCGGGCAUCCUCCUCCUCCUCACGCCGCCGCCCAGCCGCGGGAGGCUCCCCCCGAGGCGGCCGCCGCGCCGGAGAGCAGCGCCUGCUGAGGAGGGACACCCCGCCGGCCCCGGCCCCGGCCCACCGGGGCACCGCGGGGUCAAGGUGCGCGCCUGCUGCCGCCCUUCUGCUAUUAUUAUUAUUUUUAUUAUUAAUAAUUAUUAUUAUUUAUUUGCGUCCGGAGAAGGCGGUUGUUUUUUUUGCGGGAGCCAGGUGUUGCUAAGUGUUUCCCGAGUUCUGUCGAUGUCGCAUUCAGCAGCGAGGGUCUCCGUGGGUGGUUCUGGGGCAGGUGGUUGUUAAUUUUUCAGUGAAGUACUUAAGGUCUGUAGAGAUUUCUGAAAAUAAGAAAAUUACUGUUUACAGAAAGAUUCAACUUUAUUUUCAUGGGGGAUAUAAAACGUGUGUUUCCUAAUACACCUUACUGAACUGUAUAGCAAUGGAUAAGCUUUUCAAACUUAAAAAAAAAUAGCCAGAAUCAUACCUUUUGAAAAUAUGUGCGUGUAUAUAUAUAUUUAAAACAUAAUAUGACUAUGUAUAUUUUCUUGGUAUUGAUAAAGAACCUUUUCUAAAAUACUGUCUUUCUCUAGAGCUUUAAUUUGCCAUUGAGAGUUAAGACAGCUGUGUGGGUGCUCUUGCACUUAACAUGGCUUUGAUUUUCAAAUCGAAUCUUGGAGGGAAAUGAUUUUUGUUGUAAAUCUUAAAGCAGAUUGAAAUGAAUUGCUGACUCAGUCAUAGGAAAAUAGUUUUCUAAACCUGUAUGCUCCAUAUUUCUUGUGCCAGUGCAAACUUGGGGCAUUGAUAGUUAUUUAUUGAAACUUGAACACUUUUUGGACGUUGCCUAGACCUUAUUUUUCUAGAUAACACGUUAGUAGAGAAAAUGGUUACUUUGGCAAAAAGAGCUUUACUUUUUUUUCCUUCACUGUGUACAUUCCAGUAGUGUGUGCUCUUUCCAUAGUAUAGUAACAAUUCAGUGCUAUACAGAAAAGGGCUCAGAUUUGGGGUGGGUUAGCUGUAAAGGUGAUAAUUCCAUUGUAUUCUGUUUGAAUAAAUCACAGAAAUAUUAUGGAGAACUAGAUUUAUUUUUCAGUAGAAAUAUGUGUAUCUUGCUUCUUGGUCUACUUUGUUCUAAAGAAACUUUCUGCAAUACUCUAGAGACAGUCAAUGCUAGAAUGUGAAGUGCUUUUCUGGUUGGGAAGAUUCGGUGUGAUUUAUUUCUUUGUCGAGAAUUUACUAGUAGAAGAGUAUAGCAAAGGAACUAUUUCUUCUGAUUAGACAUAAUCCUCAAUAAGUUUUUGAAAGCUUUAGGUCCCUUGCUGGGUGCCACUGCCUUCCAUGCUUUUGCUGCAGCUGUGUUUUUUGGGCACAGCCGCGAGCCCUGUGGCGGUGGUGCGGUGGGAAGGGUCUGUCGGAGUGUGGUGGUCACCUCACCAGAACCCCUCCGUGCGCUGGGGGAAGGCAGGGCUUCUCCUGAGCAGAUCCAGCUCCAGUGUGGGCCCCUCUUCCCUCAUUGAAACUGUGCUAAAAUUUCUCUGCUUGAACUCAGAGGCAAAUCUUUCAUGGGGAUACGUGUCUGUGCCAGCUGGUGAAAAGGGGUAAUCUGAGGAGCCAAGAGGGCAUAGACAUCUCUAUGUAUACAGCAAUUGUUAAAGCCACUCAGGAGCUGGUAAACAUCCCUUACCUCUUCUGAAGGCUACAGCUGAUGAUUUGAAAUCCAAUAAGAAUGGGAUAGGCUCACAGUUUUUCAUGCUUUUAUUGGGGAUAUGUGAGUGCUAUCUGUUCAGAAAGUUGAGCUGCAGCAAUCAAGUGUAGGAGCUUUUCCUUUUAGUGCAGUUGUUCCUGGCACAUGUAUGAAGUUAUAUGAGAAUGGGUAGUUACACUGUUAUUGUAGCUGAGAUGGCUCUGAGGAUUUCUUUUCUUAAUGCAUAUGCAAAUUAGGUAGAAGCCAUAUUAAUCAUUGUAUAACUGUUUGAUCAUGUCACCAGAGCCUUUUUUGGUGGUUGAAAUGAUUGACUGUAACAGUACAUUAUGCUACUAGAAUUACAAAUGAGCAGAUAAAAAAAAUAUUUUGAUCUUAACACAGGUUUAAAGACUUCUUAGGGGCAUUCUGAACCCUACUGCAUACAAUCUGUAGCACUGCCUGUUAUAUAAUAACUGGGUGAAAAAUACGGUGUUUUUCUUUGAUAGUCAUCAUCCAUGUGCAAAAAUGCUGCAAGUCUGGAAAAACUGAUAAAAAACUUCUUUCCCUCACACUUAACACUUUUCCCUAGUGAAAGAGGUAAAGCUGUCUGGUAGAUGUGAGAUACUUUUCUGCAUAUGUAAUGAGGUGGGGUUUUUUUUUAAGGAAUCCUGUAAAAAAAUCUUAAGAAAUUACAUGGGUGAGCACCUCUACUUUGGUCCUUGUCUUUGUAAAUGAGGGUUAAAGAUCUGGUGGUAGAACACAGGACAAUGGUAAAUGCAUCUGUGCAAUAUUUCUUUACUUACUUCAUAAUUUUUGCUCAUAAAAAGUUAGCAAUAUCCAAGCAACAUGGGGGAUCCAUGAGGCACAGGAAAUCAUUGCAGUUCCCCUUCCCAGACACGGCCAAGGCUCUAGUGGGCUAUAGUCUACCACAGUUGUAAUGAGCUCCCCCUUUCCAGUAUGGUGAUAUUAAAGCUGACAACCACCCCACAUGACCUCACUUGAGUUUGAACUUUCUGCAAGAGCAGUCUCACACCCAGCACCUCAAAGACCUCAUGUGGUAACUUCUUUGACAGCCUGCUUUCUGUUCUGGCUGACAUCUGUUCAGUGGUAGAAGUGGUGACAGGCCAGCUCUCUUACCCUGAUGACUGAUGAGAGAUUACUAGUGAGGCUGGCAGCUCCAGCUCUCUGCCAGAGGCUACUGUUCUGGUAGUGGAGUCGUCCAAAAGAGAUGAGUUUUCUGUAGAGUGAUUGGUUACCUUCAUAAAUGCUUUUUUAUCUGGCAUUUAGGCUGAGAAACAGGAUCUGACAGUGACAUGACCAAAAUUUGAGAAUAGUGUUGGGGUGGUUGGAUUUUUUUUUUCCUGUUUGGACUGGUUCUGCUAGAGGUUGCUGCAUUUUUUUGCAGAUAUUUGAGUGCAAAGCCCAAGCACCUAACACUUUAAACCAAUAUAAGAUGACUCAGGAGUACUUACCUGCUGCAGCUGUCAGACUUGAUUGUUCCUGUCUUCUAAAACAUAUUAAUACUCUGACUUUUAGCCCUGCAGUGUUCCUAAACUUUUAACUAUGGCUUCUCUAUUUUGUCUGCCUUUUUUCUUCAGUUUGUUGUUAAACAUAUGUGUCUUUUAGGCUUUUUGGUUUUCUGCCAAAAACUUUGGUCACUGUGAGACAUUAAAAGAUAGAUACUGGGUAAAAACAUUUCAGACUGUUUAUAUGAUUUGCAUCCAUGUAGCUCCUUUUCAGUAACUCAAAGCAAGUUGGCUGUGUGUUACUGUAAGGGAAAAAAACCUACCAAAACCCCUCAAAAACAAAACCCAAAAAAAGCAAACAAAAAAUUAAAAUCCCAAAAUAAAACAGUUAUGUUCACUGUUAGCUCAGUGCUUUUUAUAAUUUUUCUUCAUUCUUCAAAACUACCAUGCUUUAUUAUACUUGUGCACACUAUUUUCUAUUGCAAAGACUCAUGCUGUGUGACUUGAUUUGCAGGCUACCCUCGUGUCCUUCCAAUCUGGUUUUCAGUCUAGAUGUGAACCCAUGACAAACAUCCCUCUUUGUUUCUUUGCCCCAGGUGUAAUAUGCUCUGGAGACUAAAUAGUCUCCUCCUUUGUCUGUUUUGGUUGCUGGAUGCUUGCUUCUGUACAUAUAGUUUUUUGCCCAGCAAUUUUUGAAUGUGCUUGAACCAAUAUCUUGGUUUAGAUGUGAAGUGCCUUCUUAUUUAGGUGCUACAGCAAAAGAGUUUGAUUCCUAUAUGGCUUUGAUUUAUUUGACUUGUUAUCAGAUCUUUUCUGUCUUGGGAAGUAGGAGGGGGAAUGUUUCCAGUAAGGGAAGACUUCCUUGGGCAGAGAGUGGAGCCCCCAUCAGAUCUGGCCCUGCUUGAUGUGAGUGCAAGGAAGCCACUCUGAUAACACUGACUCAAAUGAUGCCAUUGAACAAAGUUCAUUGGUUUGGUCUCCAGUGUAGUGAAGUCUCUUGGAAUCACAAGGUCUCCAGACAGGUAGCUGGUGAGUUGUUCUUAAAACUUCUAAUAUGAUUCCAGGUUGAGCCCACUUCGUAUGCUUAGAGAGCCUUUCCAAAAGCAAAUACUUUGCAUACUUUGAGAAUCAUAGGUGUUCAGACGUGGUAAGUCCUGAUCAGGGUGAGGAGUGAUUCUGGUGCUGAUGGUCAUGUUUUCUGUUAUAAGACUCUGAUGGAUUUCCAAAAGGUAAAUAUCUCAACACAUCUGGACUCUUCACUGUGUGCCAGUAGUCACUACUGACUAUCAUGCUCUGUUUGAGAUCAAGGGUGGCUUUAGACAGUUCUCUGUUACCUUGGUUUGUAUUUGUAUCUUUACAGAAGAAAGAAUCAGGAGGCAUCCUUCAUUCCUUUAAAUAUCUGAUUGACCCUCUCUCACCUUUGACAAAGGAGUGACCUCCCACAUUAAGCCCUGAGGCAUUCUGCAGUUUGCAGCUGUUAAAGUGGAAAUUGAUUUGGCAACUAAUUUUUAAUCAGUUGUAUAAGUAAUUGAUGCUUCCCAAAAUACUGAAUAGUAUUGUUUGAUAGUGUCUGUAGUACAGGUGCCUACCAGGUCUGAAUUACUAGUUGUGCUGAAAAUAACAUCUUGUCUGCUAUAACUGGAGUCUUAACUAUUUUAAUCCAGCAGCUUCUUAGAGAAAAUUUUUCUAUAUCUGAGAUUAAUAUGCAAGAGGAAAAGAUGUUACAUCUGCUUGUAACAUAGGUCAUUCUUUGAUGCAUUUUAUAUGUCCUGCUUCUGGAGCACAAGUUAAAAAAGGAAAAGCAAUUAGUAACAUUUGAAUUUAUUCAUAUGUGCAGCUGUAACUGCUGCUGGAUAAUUUUGCUCUUUACUUACUUGAUUCUCCAAGUUUCUAUGUUUAGCAAGUAGACAAAUUGGAGUAUGACAUAUCUGUGUGCAUAUUUGAUUUGUACAAAAUCACUUCCAUUUUUCCAGUUUUUCGUUUGAAGUUUUACUGUAAGAAUGAGUGUUGAAGAGUUCUUACCCUAUUUUGAUGCUUGUUGGUCACUUCUUUUGAUCAGUCGUGACUCUAGUCACUGCUCAUCUUCCAGCAGAGGUGGACAGUAAAGUCUUUCAGGGAUUCACCUCUUUCAGUAUUUGGCAAGACAAAAUAUUUUUUCUGUAUCAGCAGAAAAAAUCUUGGACAGAGACCUUUCACAGUGCAUAAUAAUCCUGCAAAUGUUAACUCAUCCUUCUCACACCACAGUCACUUGUUGUGGAGUUGCAUCAGGGUUUAGUGUAUCUGAUGAAGAAUAAUAAAUGUUCCUGUGACAAAGUGCAGAAUCUGAAGUUUGUCAGAGCCUUGUUAAUCUUGUUAAUCUUGCCACACAUGGUACAAUUUUACUAUGAAGAUGUUGAAUUAAAUCUGAAUAUAUGGAGA